GGGACGCCAAGAAGGCCAGGUUCAGAGUUUACGGGAUCCCCAAAAUCCCAUGACAUCAUUUCUCUUUCCCUGCUCUGUACUCUCCCUUCCUUUUCUCAUCUUCAGCGAUCACCGUCACCGCUAAGACUUGAACUCGAAUUGUUCUAUUUUGCAUCUCCUCCUCCUCCUGUUUCAGAGAGAUUGAGCCACCGGGCGGAGCGAAUGGAAGAAAGUGUGUGCGAUACCAAGAGCAUGGUCUCGAAAGGGAAGAAGGACCAUCUUUACCACGUUCUUCAUAAGGUUCCUUAUGGAGAUAGCCCUUAUGUCAGAGCCAAGCAUGCUCAGUUGGUGGAUAAGGAUCCGGAAGGGGCAAUAGUAUUGUUCUGGGGGGCAAUAAAUGCCGGAGACAAAGUGGACAGUGCAUUGAAGGACAUGGCUGUAGUGAUGAAACAACUGAAUAGAGCCGACGAAGCCAUCGAAGCCAUCAAGUCUUUUAGAAGCCUUUGUUCCAAACAAUCCCAAGAGUCACUUGAUAAUGUACUCAUCGAUCUGUACAAGAAAUGUGGAAAAGUUGACGAGCAAAUAGAGUUGUUAAAGAGGAAGCUGAAAAUGAUAUACCAAGGCGAGGCUUUCAAUGGUAAACCCACAAAGACAGCACGAUCUCAUGGCAAGAAGUUCCAAGUUUCCAUCAAGCAAGAAACUUCCAGAUUACUGGGAAAUUUGGGCUGGGCCUACAUGCAAAAAAAGAACUACAUGAUGGCGGAGGUUGUAUACAGGAAAGCCCAAAUGAUUGAUCCAGAUUGCAACAAGGCUUGUAACCUGGGCCUGUGUCUCAUGAGACAGGCUCGAUACGAAGAAGCUCAAGUGAUUCUCGGAGAAGUAAUUCUAGGCAAUGUUCCCGGGUCAGAAGAUGGUAAGUCGAGGAAACGGGCCGAAGAUCUAUUAGUAGAGUUGAGGUCCAAGCUUCCGGGCCCACAGUUGCCAGAUCUUUUGGGCCUGGAUGAUGACUUUAUCAAAGGACUGGAGCGGCUUAUGAGUGAAUGGGGCCCAAUUAGAUCCAAGCGACUCCCAAUUUUUGAGGAGAUUUCUUCUUUUAGAGAUCAGCUUGCGUGCUGAUAAUGUCAUACUGAUACGUUGUGUAUAAUAGAAUGAUGACGAUGAUCUAAUGAUCAAAAGGCGGAACAUAGAAUACACCAUCUUAGCAAGGGAGCUUAAUAUAGUUGUUUAGAGCCUUGCCCAUA